GUAUAUGAUUCAUGGUUGGUGACAAGGUACGACAAUGCACAUUACGAAGUGUUUUACGUAAACAAGUUUGUGAUCGAACCUUUGAUGAAAACUACUUUAACAUGUCUGCCUGUUUAUACCUGAUAUGUUUUGUACUGGUUCUUGUAAAUGCUGAUAUAUAUUUACAUAAUCCAAGGGGAAGUAAUAAUCGACUAGAUGAGAGACGACGACCUCGGACCAAUGCUAACAGGAUGUUUAAUUCGGAAAACAAUAAUCGAGGUGGCUACAAUGUGGGCUCGCUGUAUUAUUACCAAGGAUCUCGACUGGGGAUAGAGUGGACUACCCAACAUUCGUGUGCUGAUGCUAACAGCCACUGUGAACUGGUGUUGCAGUACAUGUGUUCAGACCACAUCAGGGAUGGAGCCACAACCGGAACGAUCCCUGAAAACCUGGCUCAGUGUGAAGACAAUAACUGUAAUACAGACCGACGCUUCGGCAUGCAUGAAGACUACAACUACUACCUCGAGUGCAGACUACGACAGCGCAAUAAGGGACUCUUUACAGCUGAUCAGGAUCGUAAUCGUCAAACAGCUAGAAACACCCGUCAGAAUGCAGCAGGAACACGCUAUGGCUAUGAAUGCCCCGAAGAGCAUGAUUAUUACCCAUACUGGCACCCGACACCAUGGAAAGACAUUGCUGUGAUGACCAACAACGUAAAGCGCUGUCAGUAUUACCAGACGGAGAGUGAAAAUGUUAAGUCGAGAUGGGCCUGCGUGAUCCCACACGCAGUGCUAGAAGAAAAUAAAGGAAAGGGAUUAAUUAUACCAAAUAACAAAGAGGAAUGUCAGAAAUUUCGGUGGCCCAAAAAUGACAACAAUGGUGUAAGAGGAGAAUGGAAAGAAUUCCCUUCACAUGGAUUACCUGCCCCUGAUUGUAGAGAGACUGAGUUUACUCGUGACAAUCACCUUGGUAAUGGACUUGGAGGUCACCCUAACUUGUACAACUGGACUGUACCCAACCUGGACCAUGAAAAAUGUAUACUGAGAAUGAGGUACAACGUCUCCACUAAUGAUUAUGAUGGUUGGUCAGCCAACUCGGACCUAAACGCACUGAAGCGGAAUACUGCUAGUAAAGUGAACCUGGCAGACAAGUACGGCUUUGAGUCGCAGGAUACAGCUCAGUCUCGUGGCUACGUGUUCAAGAAUAACCCACAGGUCAAGUUGUUCGGUGAUGCCGACUUCUCCCUCAGACUGGCCAUCAACACGGCCCAGUUUGGUCGAACCUUUGAAGAUAGAUCACAUUCUUUUGCCAUUCGCCCCAGACCAGCAGAUCUUGAAGGACAGACUAUUCACAACUUGAACGUACGGGGAAAACGAGGAAAUAUUGUACAGGUGUAUCCAGGGGUGGAGUACGACUUUGUACCCAACACACUGGAGGCAGGCAUAGGAGAUUAUGUUCACAUUCAAUGGACUGGUUCAAAUACAAAUCCUGCUAACAAUGAUGGCCAGGGUUUGGCAGGCACCGACCGAAACAACAUUGUCCUGCUGGCAGCUCAGAAGUACCCAGAAGGCAAUGGGGUGGCUUAUGGACCGGGAGAGAGGUUUGGCCACUUUGGUGUGAACUAUCCCAUGCAUCUGUCAAACACCACAUUCCUGGGACUGUCCAACAGAUCCAUGGAGACUCUGGCUUUCAGUGAUCCUGGUCAGUUCAGAGGUGAGAUGUCUGAGCUGGAUGAUGCUGGUACGUACUUUGACCUCGGCCCCCGUAAGAUCACGCAGACCGGUACAUACCACUACAUGUGUACGAGAAACAACAACUUCUCUAACCGAGACCAGAAGGCCCGGGUGUCUGUCUACCCGUAUCAAGUACAGUACUACGCUGUCGGCUACAUGGGAGGCAGUGUGUCAACAUCAGAUGGAAAUGCUCAAAUGAUUGUGGACGAGGGAGUGUUUGCUUCACUUCAGAAACUCAAACUAGAAGUGUGGUCCAAGACUGAAGGAGAAAACAAACUGAAGGCAGCAAAAUCAACUUUGUCUGUGGGUGAUGACUAUGCCAGUGAUUUCUUUGUAAUUUCUCCCCAAUCUUCACUGACAACUGACGGAAAAACAUUUACCUUUGAAAUGAAGGUAGAUGAUUCAGGUUCCAAUGUCGAUGUGUAUCGAUCGAAUUCGGACACUUUUGCCACAUGGACUAAAGUUGAUGGUGACAUUAGCGGAGGAGUGGCAAGAUUACGGUUGGACAGAGGUGGAGUGUUUGUGGCACGCAGUCAGUCCAAUGUUGCUCUUAUUGUGGGAGUGACAAUCGCAUGUAUCGUUUUGGUUGCUGUGGUGAUUGGGGGAGUGUUGUAUUUCCGACGUCAUCCAAGCAAGUGGCAAGCCAUAGGGACAAAGUGCAGAAAGGCUGAAAGAUCUCUCCAGCAGGAGUUGUAGUGACCUUUGACCUCUGGUGUCAAUUCCAUUAAGAGUAUUCUUAGAAUGCGAAAUACUCAUCAUGUAAAAUGGAAUUGGUAGUGACAUAUAGCAUUAUUUUAAAGUAUUUUAUUUAACAAAUAAAUCAGUAUUAUAUUAAAAUUAAUAAAAAUUUGUGAACAAACCACAAUUAUAGUAAGUAUAUCGACAUUAUUAAAUGGGAUUUAAAAAACAAAAAUUGUGAUAAAAAUAUGCUAACUCAUUGGACAGGUGAAUAUUCAGCACCAUGUUUCUUUUCGCCAAGUUUUUAAAUAAUUUGAAAUAGCCCCAAAUAAUUGUUUAAUAAUUCAUUGUUUUUUAACUCCUUAAAUGUUAUUAUGAAAUAAUUGUAAAUUGUGUACUUCAGGUGUAAAUCAAUUAAGUUUAUUAAACAUUUCAACAUAUCCUAGAGAAGUAUGUCCCUGGACCUAAGAUAGCUGCAUGUUUAUCUUCUUUAUUUCCCUAAACCCCCCCCCCCCCCCCAUGUGCUCAUUUCAAAUGGCCUCUGGUAAAUAUUAUAUAUUGAAUAACAAAUGUGUUCACGACAAGUUUUUAUCUUCUUUAUUUCCCUAAACCCCCCCCCCCCAUGUGCUCAUUUCAAAUGGCCUCUUGUAAAUAUUAUAUAUUGGAAUAACAAAUGUGUUCACGACAAGUUUUUAUCUUCUUUAUUUCCCUAAACCCCCCCCAUGUGCUCAUUUCAGAUGGCCUCUUGUAAAUAUUAUAUAUUGGAAUAACAAAUGUGUUCACGACAAGUUUUUAUCUUCUUUAUUUCCCUAAACCCACCCCCAUGUGCUCAUUUCAGAUGGCCUCUUGUAAAUAUUAUAUAUUGGAAUAACAAAUGUGUUCACGACAAGUUUUUAUCUUCUUUAUUUCCCUAAACCCACCCCCAUGUGCUCAUUUCAGAUGGCCUCUUGUAAAUAUUAUAUAUUGGAAUAACAAAUGUGUUCACGA